AUGUCUAAAAUAAUUCCACCACUCGUUAGCGAUUCUCCGCCGCCUCCGCCCGAAGAAGAAGACGAAGAUGAAGAAUUCGACGAAUUCAGAGGUUCCAAUGAUAUUUCCUAUGGCUGUGACAGUUUUUCGCUGACACCUUCCCCCGAACACACCCCUAAAAAACUACCCAAAGAAGGCUUAUCGAUUAACGAGCUCGACUGCGAAUUUCAAUUCCAACCCGUCUCACCUGAAAUCAGCAAAAAAGACAUAGAAAACUUAGACAUAGACAAUGCAAAACCUCCGAAAGAUAGUGAAAACCCGAACCACGUCAACGAAUACGCGUUUCACAACAAUAUCAACAAAGAUAACAUUCCAAGUCAAUUUAUUAUUCAAAACCGUGAAAAUGAAAUAGGUGAAUGUGAUAAUGAUAGAACUAUAAAUCGAGUGCAAGUCAGUAAAGAAGCAGAUGUAGAUGAGCGUUGUUCUAACGGAGUUGAUCAUAAUAACUCUGAUAAAAUUACGAAUGAAGAAACGGAUUCUUUAAGUAUUGAAACCCAAGGACAAAUGGACGUUGCGAUAUUAGACACUGAACAGGAGCAAAGUGUUCCCGUUGAUUCUCAAGAUGAUUUAUAUUCCGUACAUUCCACACGAGAUAACGAUCUAGUCAACAGCAAAUUCGAAGAGCUAUCAGAUAGUCUUAAAGAAAAAAGUCGUAGUAAUAGUAAAGAAUUGAUAUUCGAAGAAGAUUCUCGAUAUGCAGAACAAAAGGAAUCGAAGGAUUUCGAUGUAUCGGAAGAUUCGAAAGAUGAUUUCUCAUCGUUCUGCGGACAACUAGAAAAUUUCAACCCUUUUCCAACUCUAUCAGAAGAAUGCCAAAGUAGUGAUGAUUUUGCCAAUUUUGCAUCGUUCCCUGCGAUGCCCGAAACUGAUUCGAAACAGUGCGAUGAUGAUUUCGACGAUUUCACAUCGUUUCCCGGCGAAAUCACGGCCGAAUCCGAGUCGACUUCCACGAAUGUAGCCGAUUCGAAGGUCUCCGACGACGAGUUUGACGAUUUCGGUGAAUUCACCUCCACUACUAUUCCUCAAACGGAACAUCGCAAAGCGUUCCUUUUGAUAAACGAAACAGAAGCGUUUAAGAAAACCGAAGAAAUCGUGAAGGAUAUAUUCGUACAGCAAGAAGAAUCUUCCAAUGAAUUCCAAUACUCGGAGCUGGGUAAAAACGACGCCAUUUUCACGCAGUUACAGGACAUCACCGAUACUCCUGCAUUGAGCUACAACUGGUCCAAAUCGUCUAGUCAGAAAUUGCUUUUAAAAGCCCUCAAUAUCGAUUCGAGAAAUCUAUUAUAUGGACCCUCUUGGAAUUCCUCGAUGCCGAGAUUCGCCGCGAAUUUGGGCAAUCAACCUUUAGAACCGAUAAAAAUGGAACCCCUGACUCCUACACCGAUGGAACCCCCUUCGACGGUGCCGCCCCAAUGUUCUCUACCCCAACAGGACGUGGUGGAAAUACCGAGCGCGGAAUUCGAUUGGACCGGCGCCGGUUUGGUAAAUCCCCUGGACUAUUCUCAGACCACGUUGUUAGAUAUAGAACAGCUAGUUGCAUCCCUAGAUAUCCCUAAUACUAAUCCCGCACAGCGCACAUCGAUAUUCGAUGAGGAUUGGGAUGUCUGGUUGAAACACGAACCGGCGAAACUGCCGGAUGACGACUACGAGGAAUUCGCGGAGUUUCACGGCUCGAAACAGCCGAGCGAUUGGCCGAACGUGCCGUUGAGAGAAACGCACAUAUCCGACGAUCCUCGAGGAGACAUCGACAUCGAUGUGGUUCUACAGCCGACGAUCGUAACGCCGGAAAUGCCCCGAAAAAUCGAAGAGCAACCGGAAGAUGGAAACGCCGCUGCGGUCCAAUCGAAAACCGAGUCAGACGAUGAUGAUUUUACGGAAUUCCAUUCGUCGGUUCCGGUUGCGGUAGAUAUGCCGAUAUUACAACCGACGCCCGUUUACGCCGCCUCGGCUUCGACGGAGAUCAAUUGGCCCGAUCCGGGCGUCACCGAAGACGAGUUGAAGCGCUUCGAAGAGGCUUUUUCUACUACUGUUCCAAAGAAAGAAUCGCCGCCAUUCGAUCGGGCCGAGGAUGAUGCAAGAGAAAACGCAUCGCCGAUGCACGAGAAGGUUGAAAUUACCACCGUAGUCGAGAAAGUUGCUGUACAACAAGCGGAUUCUGAUAGAGGAAGGCGUAGCAUUUCGAUUUGGGACAGCCCUCCGGGCGUCGACGCGGCCAAAAGAAACGACACGAAAAAACCGGACGCCAAGCAGAAUUCCAUCGAAGACGAGGAAUGGUCCGAUUUCGUAUCCGUCCAGAAACAAUCGCCCGUACACAAAACGAAAAACUCGGACAGAAACCAAACGGCCAGCCCGGACUUGCCUCUCUCCGUGCUCAAUCUGGGCCACAUCCAGCCGGCCAAGCAGCCCAUACCGGUGAUAACGCCGCACGGUCUGGUCCAAACGAAGCUGUCCAGCCACGCGAACUCGCCGGCCGCGCAGCCGAAGGCGAUCCAUCCGCGGCCCCUCAACCCGUACGAUAUGCCGUCGCUGAUCAGCAACCAGUACGCCAGCCAGGCUUACGGUCUGAGCGCGGCGUCGAAGCCUAGCCAGACGGCGCAGAACGGUCAGGAGGACGACGAGUGGGGCGAGUUCGUGUCGAAUACCAUUCCGCAGCAGUACCAAAAUUCGUCGAUAGCGUCCGGAUACCACAGUUGGAACAACUUCGUGCCGAAUGCUGGUCACGGCGGGCAAGCGGUGGUGAAUUUGCAGAAGAAGAGCAGCAAUCUGUCCAGUUUGGUCCUGCCCGAAUUGGAUUUCUUGGCGCUUCGGGAGCGGAACGGCGUGCCGAAGAAGAAAUGA